AUGGAAAGAGACGUUUUAAUAAUGGUAAUAAACGACACCUGGGAUAGGGAUAUGGUAUAGGUUUCCUUUUUCCUUGCGAGAUCGAUGACCCUUUCGUGGAACAUCCUAAAUUUAUGUGUGGCCGUAGGGGAACCCCUGGUGAACGUGCACUUUUCAGCUCAAAUAAACAGGUCGGCGACGACGUACCUCCUUACCUAGCCUUCGAUAUUCUCAACGAACGCGAAGCAAUUCCGAUUUGCCUGAUAAACGGUGAACAUUGGCCGGGGCCUGGCCAAAAUUCUCCUAAUUACGCGUUCGAGCGAGCCUACUCUACUUGGGACGAUGGCGUUGAGGAUGCUGGAGCUGGUGGUGCCCCAGCACGUGGUCCGUGGCCAGAACAUCAGGCUGGAGUGCAACUUCAACCUGGACGGCGAGACAUUGUAUUCGGUGAAAUGGUACAAAGACGGGAACGAGUUCUAUCGAUACGUACCACAGGACAGGCCGCCGGUGCUCGUCUUUCAGCUGCCGGGUGUCACGGCGAACAUUCACAAUUCGACGGAGAGAUCGGUGGUUCUCUAUUCGGUGAACUUAAUGAGCACCGGAAGAUACAGAUGCGAGGUGUCAGCAGAGGCGCCAUCCUUCCAAACUGUCUCCGAUCACUCGGACAUGCUGGUAGUGGCUCUGCCGGAAGACGGGCCGAUUAUCACUGGCAGACCAGGAAGGCAUCGUUAUCAAGUCGGUGACGUGGUGCGGUUCAAUUGCACUUCGGCGAAGUCGAAACCAGCUGCCAUGCUCAGCUGGUUCAUCAACGGGGACCCUGUCGACACGCAAUACUUGAGAGGGCCCCACAUCACCGAGGUGGAUCGCGAGGGUCUGGAAACCGCCGUGCUAGGUCUGGAGUUUCGUCUGCGUACGAAGCAUUUCAAGAGGGGGGACCUGAAGAUCAAAUGCCUGGCAACGAUAGCGACCGUAUAUUGGAAAUCGAACGAGCUCAGCAUAGAGGGUGAAAGGCCGCUGAAGAUGCCGGUCAUGGAAAGCAGGGAGACAAGGGCGCAAGGCCACACGCACGCCGAGCAUAUCUUAGGAGGAAGCGGAAGCAGCAGCAUGUUAGCGCCAUGUAUUUUCCUGCUGAUGACGAGUAUAUUGAUUCUACGAUAAGAAGGACACGUGAUGUCCUUUUCCUCAUGCUCAUCCUUUUCAGGCCUCCAAAACGAGUUUUAUGGAGAUUCCUGGUGUACUAAAUUAUCCGUGUUAUUUCUAUUUUUUAUAAUCGCAGUUAGUGGAAGUUAGCGACGACAUAGGCGAGAGAAUAUACUUAACAGAAUUAUACAUCAGUAUAGUUAGAGAUUAGGAAAUGGGAGGGGACAUGUAAAUUCGUACUUAUUGUAAUCGGGUCGUUGAAUCUCUGCACAUCUCUACACGUACAUACGUUCGCAGUUUUUAUACUUUCGACGUUUCUGCUCGUUAUUAAUGUCUCUUCACAUAUCUAUGAUAACUCAUAGCUGUUCUUCAACAUUAUAACAAUCGACUGAUCAUCAAAUUAGCAAUUAUGACUUUUGUUAUAUUUGUAGAAGUAAUUUCAAACAUGUAAAAAGUAAGAAAAUAGACAAUUAAAUCAAUUGUACUAAACUGAAAUGCAAAAUGCUCAGAAAUUCUUGUUCUGUUGUAAUUUCAUUUUUCUUAAAAAUGCAAAAUUGAUCUUACAAUUCAUUUUCAAUAUGAAAUUAAUAGAAAAUCAUAAUUUAUAUUUAUAGUUUACGUUGACGUGGCGUCAACGGUCGUCAUAAUGUUGAAUUAAAUACAUAUACAGAUUUACAAACUAGAUGCGCAGAGAUUUAUCGUCUCGUUAAAGAGAAUAUGAUCAUGGUUACUUAAAAAAAAUCAUCUUUUUUAUUCAAACAACUCAUACAAUUUAAAAAAAGAAGUUCACAAACAAAUCUAUGUUCAUCUAAAUGUCUCUUUGGACUUUCGAAAGUGAGAGAUGACAAUUUUUAUGUAUUUUUCUUUUCUUCUCUUUCAUUUAUUAUUAAGUAUAAAAAAAAAAAAAAAA